CGAUCGUUAUUGUAAGGAUUUCAGCACUACUGAAAGUACAGCCCCUCUUGACUUUGGAGACUCUCCGUUCCAUUAAUUCCCAUGUAUCUUUGUUGCCUAUCCCCCCGCCCAAAAGCAGAGUAUUUCGGACCUCUCACUCACACGAAUGGCUACCUUCCAAGUCUUCUUCUCCAUCUUCUUCUUCUGCUUCUUCUUCCUUCCUCAAAUAGCAUCAAGUGCCACCAUCUGCAAACCUUCAUCUUGCGAUGGCAUCCAAAACCCACCGGUGAAGUUUCCUUUCCGACUGAAAGGUUCUCAAGACGAAGCGUGUGGCUAUGAUCCGUGGUUCGAUCUCUCAUGCAACGACCAAGACCAAAUAAUUCUCACUCUCCCUUACUCCGGCGACUUCGUCGUCGUAGACAUCAUAUACUCGAUGCAGUGGCUGUAUAUCGUCGACCCGGAACAGUGCAUUUACAACCGGUUCUUGCACAACUUUAGUCUCUCGGACUCUCCUUUCGAGUUCCAUUAUCCUCCUCAUCUUCAUCAGAACUCCACGGUCUCCACCUUCUACAACUGCUCGUCCAACGUGAAGAAGAUGCUUGGAUAUCGGCCCAUCGAUUGUCUUGGCAGCGAUGACUAUAAAGUCUUUGUGGUGGGUAUUGGUCACGAUGAUGAUUUUCCGCCACCGGCGACGUGCCGUGAGAUAGGGACGGCUGUGGUUCCUAUUUUGCAAAUGGAUGAUUCGCUGUUGAUCAGGUGGGGUGAGCCCAGUUGUCAAAGAUGUGAAGAGAGCGGCGGAGACUGUGCGCGCCUCAAUGCUACGAGUCCCGAAGUCGGAUGUUAUAAUGUCCAGAGCAACAGCCAAACUGGUCUUCCAAGGAGUGCAAAGUACGGGAUAGCCGUGGGUGUUGGUGUGCCCGGAGUAUUGUGUGUGAUUGGGCUCAUGGGUUACCUAUCUGGGCUUGUGAGGGCAUAUAAUCGAAGUAGACGCCCCUCUAACACAGAAAUCUCCAACUCAAUUAAUCCGCAUCGAAUCGUUUUUGCAACCGGACUUGAUGGGCCCACAAUAGAAUCAUAUCCCAAGACUUUGCUCGGUGAGAGCCGGCGAUUACCAAAGCCCAAUGACAACACAUGCCCCAUAUGCCUGUCGGAGUACCUGCCCAAGGAAGAACUAAGAACUAUACCGGAGUGCAAUCACUAUUUCCAUGUUAAUUGCAUAGAUGCUUGGCUAAAAAUGAACGCAACCUGCCCUAUUUGCCGGAAGUCGCCCGAUCAUACGUCGGCUCUAAUUACCCCUUCGUCGUCGUCUUUGUCCUCGUCGUAUUUAUUAGAAGUAUGAAACUGUUUAUCAUGUUGUCAUUGUAUAUAAUUUGUUUAAGUUAAGGGAUUGAUUGCUUUGCUUCAUUGAGUUAUAAAAAGGUGGUUGUUUAUAUUUGUUUGAUGAAUAAAUAUGUCGGUUUUUUA